UCGCCUCGCUCAGCACCUGCCAGGCUGCUGCUUUUUCUUGUCCGUAAAGGGCCAUGCUUCGUGUCUGUCCCUCCCGUCUCUUCCCUUGCCUUGGCUGUGGCUGGCCGAAUGUACAGCCUGAGUGCUGUCCGUGAGAUUUAGAAUUAUGGGGUUUCCCAGAUGAAUUAUAUUCGUGUGUUACACAACUGUGGUUUUCAAGUAGGCAAAUCCUGCUUUAUGCCUGGCUGCAGUUUCAGGGUAAUUGUGGACAUCCAUUCUGUACAGGCUGGAAUAUAUCAAAACCUUUUGUCAGGAUAAGGUACCUUAAAGGUUAGAGGGGACAAACUCCCGUUGUUUGUUGAUGCCCAGCCCCUGCUGAGUGUCCUCUGCCUAUGUGUCUGUCCGUGCUGCCCAUGUCAUUUGGGUUCUGGCUGUACAGGACACAAAGAUGUGAUUCCUGAAUGAAUCAGUCAUAACUGGAAUUGUUUUUCAUAUAUUCCACACACAGGAGCCAUGCUUCACAUCAUAGCCUGUUGCCUAGAUUUUUUUUUCUUUUUUUUUUUUUUUAAUAGUUAUUUGUUUGAUUAUGGUAGCAAAUGAAGUUCCAAGUAGUCAGGCACUGGGCAAACAGCAGAAGAUAAUUAUUACCCCAAAUACCUCAGAGUGUAAAACCUGUUACCCUUGGAGCUAUGCUUUCAUAAACAAGACUAGAUAUAUCUCCUUCUUUCUCCAUAUUUUUAUAUAAAAUUCAAACAUGUACAUGCUGUCAUGGUCUGUUAUACGAGUUACUGGCUGAAAGAUGUUUUCAGCUCUUCUCAUUUUAGCUCAAUCCCUUCUGUCUCCUUACUGUUUUUGCUCCUCCUCUGAACUCCCACAAUUUGUCAGUAUCUUUUGUUGCAGCCAGUGAGACACAAGAAGGAACACCCACAUCCCUUCCUUGCAAUCUUUCUCUGAGGAGAGCUGACUCACCCAGUUCGGUUUGUGUGUGAAAAUAUCUCUAGUAGGAAGGAUAUUUUGGAUUGUAUAGCCUGGAAUGCUUCCUGACUGCUUGUUUUGUGGGGAUAUUUUUUAACUGAGGAAGUUAAGGGAGAGGUGAUGUGUCCUUUGCCAAGGGGCUAAAGGGAAGAGUUGCAAAGGCCUUACUCACUGUGAGAAGCAUUGCAGUGAGCCUGAUUGCAGAGGGGCACACAUUUUUCAAGGCUUGAGUGCUGCUCUCUGAUUCAGGAGGAUGCUUUUAUGCCAGGUCACUGCUACAGCGAUUGUUGCUAGUGUGGCUGUAUCACCCUCCCAUCGCAGGGAGCACUGAGCCUUCCAUGUCUGGGAAUUACCAUCAGAGUUGUGAGGCUGGGCAGGCAGAGCUGGUGGCUGGUGGCUUUCACCUGCCCUCCCAAGGCAUUUUUUUCUGUAAUCAUGACAAAGCUGUGGCUAAUACUAGCCUUGAGGGUGUGCCAUGCUGUACCCUUCACAGCCAACUUCCCAGCCACGGGAAGAUGGAGAAUUUCUUACUGAAAAUGUUGGACUUUUUUCCUGUCGUGGUGUGCAGCUUCCUGCUGCCCUGCCUCUGGCAUCAGGUGGAGUCACAGACCCAUGAAGUAACAUCAUCCUCGUGUCCUGCUGCUGCAGCAAGAUCUGCGCCUCAGCCUGGGAUGAUCUGGCAUCUGCAUGUCCUGCCUCAUUCCAGGCAGCUGGGAUGAGAGAAGGUGAUCCUUCCUGUCCCCUCCUGGCUGGCAGGCUCUGCUUCUGCUCUGAGCUGAAACAGAAGAAGAUAAAGCCACCAACCCAUCCAACAGGCAAGAAGACUGGGAAUACAUCAUCGGAUUCUGUGACCAGAUCAACAAGGAGCUUGAAGGGCCACAGAUAGCUGUGAGACUCUUGGCUCAUAAAAUCCAGUCACCACAGGAAUGGGAGGCAGUCCAAGCCCUGACAGUGCUGGAAGCUUGUAUGAAGAAUUGUGGGAGAAGAUUUCAUAAUGAAGUUGGGAAGUUUCGCUUUUUAAAUGAGUUAAUAAAAGUUGUGUCUCCAAAGUACCUGGGAGACCGAGUCUCAGAGAAGGUGAAGUCCAAAGUCAUUGAAUUGCUGUAUAGCUGGACUGUGGCAUUGCCAGAGGAAUCCAAAAUCAAGGAUGCCUACUACAUGCUGAAGAGACAAGGGAUUGUCAUGUGUGAUCCUGUGAUUCCUGCUGACAGAACACUGAUUCCUUCCCCACCGCCUCGUCCCAAGAACCCAGUGUUUGAUGAUGAGGAGAAAUCCAAGCUUCUAGCCAAGCUGCUGAAAAGCAAAAACCCAGAUGAUUUACAAGAGGCCAACAAACUUAUAAAAUCCAUGGUAAAAGAGGAUGAGGCUCGGAUCCAGAAAGUGACAAAGCGCAUGCACACCCUGGAGGAGGUGAACAACAAUGUGAAGCUGCUGAAUGAGAUGCUGGUUCAUUACAGCAAAGAGGACUCAUCAGAGGCUGACAGGGAGCUCAUGAAGGAGCUCUACGAAAGGUGUGAAACCAAAAGACGGACUCUGUUCAAGCUGGCCAGUGAGACAGAGGAUAAUGACAGCAGUUUGGGGGAUAUUCUGCAGGCCAGUGACAAUUUAUCACGUGUGAUAAAUUCCUAUAAAAAAAUCAUAGAGGGGCAAACAAUCAAUGGUGAAGUGGAUCUCCCUGGGAUGUCUGUAGUGGAAGGGAGUAACUCCACCAGUAAUCUCAACACCCUCAUUGACCUUGCUGGACUGGAUGUCACCAGCACGCCACCACCUCCGAUGGCACCCAGCAGCCUGGCACCAGCCCCCAGCACAGCCCCUGGCCCAGCUGAAAUCCCCAUCCUCCCUCCUCCCCCCCAGACGUUCGCACCGCUGCGCAGCAGCUCCUCUGGACAGGUGGAAGCAGCACCCGCUCAGCAGGGCAGCACAACCAACUCCCUGUCCUUGCUGGAUGAGGAGCUCCUGUGCUUGGGCCUGAAUGACCCAGCCCCUGCAGCAGGGAAGGAGACCUCAGAAAACAACCGGUGGAGCAUGUUUGAGAAUGAGCAGUUGGACCUGGAUUUCUUUAAUCCGAAGAUGGUGACUGUUGCUUGCAACCCCGCAGGGAACCCUCUUCUCCAUAACACAUCACAGACCACCUGUGGGACAUCAGCCACGCUGCCUUCUGCUUUCCCAGCCUCCCAGACUGCUCCCAGCAUCCCAGCAACAAACUCAGCACCAUUUGUAUUUCCUGCUGCAGCAGCUGCCCCUGCAGGGCCUCCUAAGACUAUUCCAGCUGCUCCUGGGUACUUCAGCUCAUCUGUGGGGAGCAACAUGUCACAUAAGAUGGAUGCAUUGGGACAACUCCUUGAAGAAGCCAAAGGGAGUGCCACCCAAGGCAUGGCAGCACCUUCAGUAUUCCCUGGGGUUACUUUGGCAACCACUGUCACCCCUGCCCCAUUAGCAGCAUCUGCAGGGCUGCCAGCCACAGCCUCUGGAGCCCCUCCAGCUCCCUUCCCAAGCAGCUGCACUGCUGGGUCAGGAAGUCCUCUCUUCCAGCCGGCAUCAUUCCAGCAGCAAGGCAGUCCCAUGAAAGCACCUGAAAUUUCUUUGGCCAAUGUCCAUGUUCCCUUGGAAUCCAUUAAACCCAGCAGUGCCCUGCCCGUGACAGCCUACGACAAGAAUGGGUUCCGGAUCCUGCUGCACUUUGCCAGGGAGUGCCCGCCAGGACGCUCGGAUGUGCUGGUCGUGGUGGUCUCCAUGCUGAACACAGCGCCGCUGCCUGUGAGGAACAUCGUGCUGCAGGCAGCUGUGCCCAAGUCUAUGAAAGUGAAGCUACAGCCACCCUCUGGCACUGAACUGUCUCCGUUCAAUCCCAUCCAGCCUCCAGCCGCCAUCACCCAGGUCAUGCUUCUGGCAAAUCCUGCAAAGGAGAAGGUGAGGCUGAGGUACAGACUGACCUUCACCCUGGGAGAUCAGCCCAGCACAGAAGUGGGCGAAGUGGAUCAGUUUCCCCCGGUAGAGCAAUGGGGGAAUCUAUGACCUUAGGACACUGCCAGAGACUCUGACAGGACCAGGGCAGGAUCCCACAGGACUGGAACUGAUGUGCCGUGGGGAGGGACACACAUGCUAUCCACUGGUGAUGUUCAGCUUUGUUUACAUGUCCUGACCACUCUGCUUGUAGCUUUAGUCCAGGAUGUUGUGCCCCACAUUUGAAGGGGCCCUGGAACACUUACGCCAAGCAUGAACUGAGAGACAGCCAGUGACAGGCAAUGCUGGCUGCUUUUACCUUGACCUCUGGGUGAAUCUGGUUCUAUCUUCCACUCUAUUAAACUUGAAGUUAUUGUAUUUUGAGGGAAGACCUGUCAGCAGAAGGGAAUUUAAUUGGCUUUUCCUGCACUGCUGUCCAGAGAUCCUGACGGGCUGUGGGGUGAUGAUGCCAUGAGCUCAGCGCAGAGCCCUGACAGAGCCCUCCCUGGGACUGUGACCUCCUUGUGCCACAUGGGCCCGUGAGCAUGCUGAGCAAUAAUGCUGCUCCAUGAGGGAAUGCUUCCUUUUUUACACUGAAAUAGCACUUAGCUCCCUUCCCCCUCUCCUGCUUCAUUCCCAAGGGCCCAUGUAAGCAGCCCCUCACUCCAUGUGUGCCAUACUGCUGUAUCUUUACUUGUUAUAUUUAUUUUAUACUGCUGGCUUCCACACAGGGACAUCCAUUUGGGGCAGCUGGGGCUGAGUUUUGUCUGCAAAUGGUUAUACUGGUUAUUUUUUUUGCCUUCAUUGCAUUCCAUAGUGUGGGGAAAAGAGGAAAUGCAUAGUGAGGAGGAAAGAGGGCUGGAGGGUAUUGGUCAGUAUUGUAGGAAGAUAGCACCUGGAGCACAGAACUGUUUACAAUCACUAGUCAGGGCCAGUGACUGAAUCCAGGGAUAAGGAGAGAUGCCUCUCAUGUCCCCUCAUGCAGGCAGUGUUACUGGUAUAGUCAAAUACUGUGUUUUAUUAAGCUGAGUACAAUGACCUACAAGAUGUAAAUAAUAGAACUGUAGAGCUUAAAACAGAACAAGCAGGCAGAGAAAGGAAGAGGCUCCCCCUGGAUGCGCUGGGUUAAUGCCCCAUUUUCUUUGUUCCUUGUAUUAAGUGGCAAAGUGUAAUUGUCCCCACAAAGGGGAAAGCAGUUUUGCUGGACAUCAGUGCUGAUCUCUUAGCUACAACCUCCUAGAAAUAAGGUUUAAAUCACCAAAACUUGGUUCCAGCAGCCCCUUCCUUCUCAGUUUCCAGUCUCAAGCAGUGCCUCAGUGAACUCUGAGAGAGUCUUGUAAAUUAAUAGGAGUUUUUAACAUCCAUUGACACAAGCACAGAGAGGUGCUUGCUCGGUCCUUGGACACUCAGCUCUGUAUUUCCAGCAGGGCUGUCAAGCAACAGCUCUUUGCAAACGUGGAGUGGGAGCAGCACAGAGAAAAGCAGUAACACAGAGGCUCCUGCCUCAUGUAGGAAAAUUCCACAGGAGAACAUGAUGCUGGAAUGGAUGGUGGCUGUAAAACCAUUGCAGCAAACACAGCUUGCAGUUAUUCAUAGCUGAAUUUUCUUUACUGUCCUGCAGAGUAAAAGUUCCUGGAGAUAAAAAACAGGGGAUUCACAAGCCUGAGGCCCUCAACAGAGGCACCAGGCAGCUGCAGGAGCCCCUGAGGGUAGAAUCCAAGGUUGUCCUAGUCUGAAGCCUGUGGAGACCUCAGCUUUGUCAGCUCCCUGAUGUAGAAGGCAGGGGAGAGGGAUGAGUUGUUUGGACCCUAAAGAAGGCUGUUUUAAAUCAAUGGACUGGGAGAUAAGGGACAGGGAGGGAAUUCUGUCUGCCUCAGAUCUGUUCUUUCCAGCACUUUAGACACAAUAGGCAUGGGAGCAGUGCCUGGGUGGUGUGUCCUGAGGAGCAGGGUCACCGUUUCCCUGCACGUGGAUCUCACUGUGACUUGGGAGGAAGGCAGGAAAGCACAGGUGCUUUCUGUGAACAGCAGCAGCCACCCAGACAUAGACACACCAUGGUCCUGCUGCUUUGGAAAUUAAACCAUGAAUGUUUCUUGUCUGUAGGGUGAGGUUUCUGCUUCAUCCCCAGCAGUCCUAUCUGUACAUACAUCUUCAAUGCGUUUGUGCUGCUGCAUGUUGAAUAAAUCAUUUUCCCUACCUG